AAUAGUACGACGUACUCACGCAGCUAACGCCCCCAUUGUGAGGCUGCGGGUUGACAAGUGUUGAGCAGCUGAGUGCUGGUGCGGCCACAUAACUCGGAGCAAAACUUUUGACAAACAUGAAAAAGCCUUGAUAGUUUUAAUUAAGUUUAUUAUGGAAAAAUAAUUGAUUAGAUGUGACGUGAAGUAUUUUAACAAGAAAUAUACGAAUAAUGGAAAAUAUAUUAUACAUAUAAUAGCAAAGAGAGAUUACUACGUAUUAAGUAACAUAAUCAAGUUUAAAUCAUGGCAGCCAUUCGACAUACCCUACAGAGAGAAGUUUUCACUCCCGGUGAUGAAAAACUGCUCAGUGUGUGCUACGUUAGCAAAGCUUAUAAAAAGAAGAAAAUGAGCUUUCUGUGUUUGGCCACCACAACCGAUACGCCAGGAUCUCUCAUAUUGUAUCAAGUAAAGAAGAAUGACAAGAAUGUUUACAAGAAGAAGCAAUCGUGGCCUCUGAGUGAUAUACAGAUUGUAGAUGGUGUGAAAAGUGAUUCAAUGGACAUAGAGUUACAAAUUGACAAAGUUUACAAAUGGACAUCUACUACAGCACAGGAAAGACGAACGUUUAUCAGUAACUUGUAUACUUAUUCCUGCAGCUUGACUCAAAGACCAGAAUUCAAAAAUAUCCCGAAAGAAUGGUUAAUUGAUCCAACUGCGUUAAAAGAGAGCGACAGCAUCACAUUUACACCUGAUCUUCUGGCAUCACCUAUUACCUCAGACUAUCAACCUAUUACCGAAAAGGAAGCUGCUGACUUGAAACAAAUGAUAGAGAAUUGUGAAUAUGCUGUAUCUAACGCGGAACUUUUCAUGGAGACUCUUUCAAAGGAUUUGUCAAUUCUCGAUGGGGAAAAUGUACACUCAGUCUUGGCGUCAGAGCAAAGAGUAACUCAACUGAUGAACAGUAUAGACGCCGCGAUAAUCGAAGCUUCUAUCGUGGAAGCUCGAUUAGCAUCGUAUGACGAAGCGUUGGGAAGAAUAAGAGAAGUGAUGGCUCGUGUUGGACAAAAGAAUCAGGCUAUACAUACAGCGAACAAUAACGCGAGACUCUUAUUAGAUCAGUUAAAUUUGGUCAUUUCACAAUUAGAUAUUUCCUCGACUCACCAACGUAUUUUGAACGAAGCGGAACUGCCUAACGAGAGGGAAGAGCUUGGUCUUGCGGGUGCGGCGCUUUUGAAAGCGAUCACGGCACCUCUUCCGCCGGGCUUGGAUAAGCUGAGCGCAGUCACUGAACAGAGAAGACGUUUGGACAAACUCAAAGUGAAAUUCUCAGGCAUUGUUGCCAGGCAUUUAAACAAUCUCUUCAUACAUUUGGGUAAUGAUAUCGGAGAUUCAUCGGCUUCCACGACAGACUUAAUCUUACCGACUCAUCAAGGAGUUCAUAACGAGCUUGUACCGUAUACGGAAUUAAUGCAACUGCUAAGAGCUUUGGACAAUAAAGCGUUUGUGCUGUUAACCAAAGUUUAUACUGACACCAUGAGCAAACUGUACAAAAGGGAUUUAAGAUGCUUUUUUGAAGAUGCCAAGUACAAGCUCAUCAACAAGCGAUUGCAAGUAAAUACAUCAAGGUCUAGCGGUCAAAAAGCCGAGGACCUACUUAAUCCGGCGCCUAUCUGCUUGCUAAGCGGCGAAGUGUGGGCGCCAGUAGGCGAAGGAAACCUCCUGGACUCGGUUCUCGAUUGCGUGCUUUCGCAAAUGCAGCCAGUAUGUCUCGCCGAGCAAGGAUUCUGCGUCUCGUUUUUUCAACUAGAUUCCGUUCUUUCGCCUUCCAAAAGCAGUGAAAUGGACGAGAUAGAAAACACAAGUAACGGCGCGGCGAGUCCCGGAUCGGUAACUUCGACAGCGAGCAAGAGACUGGAACGUCAAGUUAGCGCAGAUGUGCGUGCGACUAUGGCCGCAAUAUUCCCGUCGCUGGAAAACGAGUUAAACAGUUUCAUCGGUUUUCUUGACAAGAUCGAUAGCUUCUGGUGUAUGUACGUGUUGGUACGUUUGUCGCAGCACGUCAUGUCCGCUCAAGAUACCGGCUCGUUUCUCUCAAUGACAUUUGCAUCAGCUCUGAUUCACGUGAAACGCGCGUUCGACAAGUUCAUGCAGGCGCAACUGCAGUCCAUGUUGUGCCCAUUGUACGACACGAAGGUGAAUCGUCGGCACAAGUGCGGCAUAUUGCCGUACGUCGAGAAUUUCGGACCGUUUGCGAGAACCGCGGAGAAGAUCUUUCGCAAUUCCGACAGAAAGGUCGAUCUCGAGAAGUGGUACACGAAACUCGUGAAUACCAUGUUUGAGGCUAUCUGCAAUCACAGCCGGGAACAUCACAAAACGCCGCAGGAAGUCAUAAAAAUGGAGAAUUUCCACCACCUUUACGAUCUCCUGUCGCAAUUAAAGAUUUCCGUGCUGGACCAUGAGCGGAAGGAAGCUAAGCAGAAGUACCAAGACGCUCUUCGUGCUUAUGUUACGCAAUAUUUCGGACGGCCUCUAGAGAAACUUAAUCUUUUCUUCGAAGGUGUGCAAGCUAAAGUUGGUGCCGGUGUGAAGGAAUCCGAGGUCAGUUAUCAGAUGGCCUUUAGCAAACAAGAGUUACGACGCGUAGUAAAGGAAUAUCCCGCGAGGGAAGUUAAAAAAGGUCUUGAGAAUCUUUAUCGAAAAGUCGAGAAGCAUCUGUGCGAAGAGGAGAACUUGUUACAGGUCGUUUGGCGCGAGAUGCAGAACGAGUUUAUCGCGCAGUACAGGCACAUCGAAGAGUUGAUACAGCGUUGCUAUCCGGACAGUAACGUGAUGCUGGAGUUUACCAUUCAAGAUAUCUUAGAGUUCUUUUCGGAAAUAGCGCGAUCUCAUUAAAUUUGCAAUAAAACAAAACGCUAUUUAAUUUGACUUUUUAUGUAUAAUGUGUAUAUAGAUAGUUACUAUAUACUAUAGGUUGUAAUGUUUAAUGUACAAAAAUAUAUAGGCGUGUACCUGCAAAUCAAUAGUACAUUUUUCUCACCGCAAAAAUUGUGCAACAAAUCGAAAGUAACAAUAAAAAAAAAUUUUAAUAUUGUAUAGAACGUUUAAGGAAAUUUAUAAUUAUAAUAGUAAAUAGUUUG